GGAGCGGGGUCCAGGUCGGGCUGCCCAGGCCUCCCCGGGCCCGGGAGCAGGAGUCCCAGUUCACGCAUUCUUCAUCUGCUUCCCGCGACGCUGGCGGCCUCGCACCCCGCCUCCUGGAGCCCGGACUUUCAGGCACCGCCCUCAGUGUCGCCUUAGUCCGUCCCGGGACCGCAGACUCUUAGGGCCCCUCUCCUUGGCUAUCUGCCUCUAGGUCCCAGCCUGGGGCCUGAAGCGCUUGCUCUCUACGCUGGGAAAAGGGGAACGAUGGAGCGAUCCAGCACCCAAACUUACCCUGUCCAGGCGACCCACGAAGAUACCCAUGACAUCUCUGCACAGCCCCAGCCUUUUUGGCUUCACCCACUCCGUUCGGGAGUUGGGGACCUGGCCUCUACAUUCCUUAGGGGAACUCCAGCUCCAGGUCCUAUUUGGAGGCGGCUCCUAGUUUCCUAGUUCGCUGGGGGCGCCAGGUGAAAGGGUCUGAGAGUCACUGGAGCUACCAGCAGCACCAUGGGGCCCUGGGGAGAGCCAGAGCUCCUGGUGUGGCGCCCAGAGGCGGUAGCUUCAGAGCCUCCAGUGCCUGUGGGGCUGGAGGUGAAGUUGGGGGCCCUGGUGCUGCUGCUGGUGCUCACCCUCCUCUGCAGCCUGGUGCCCAUCUGUGUGCUGCGCCGGCCAGGAGCUAACCAUGAAGCCUCAGCUUCCCGCCAGAAAGCGCUGAGCCUAGUAAGCUGUUUUGCGGGGGGCGUCUUUUUGGCCACCUGUCUCCUGGACCUGCUGCCUGACUACUUGGCUGCCAUAGAUGAGGCCCUGGCAGCCUUGCACGUGACGCUCCAGUUCCCGCUGCAAGAGUUCAUCCUGGCCAUGGGCUUCUUCCUGGUCCUGGUGAUGGAGCAGAUCACACUGGCUUACAAGGAGCAGUCAGGGCUGUCACCUCUUGAGGAAACAAGGGCUCUGCUGGGAACAGUGAAUGGUGGGCCGCAGCAUUGGCAUGAUGGGCCAGGGAUUCCACAGGCGAGUGGAGCCCCAGCAAGCCCCUCAGCCUUGCGUGCCUGUGUACUGGUAUUCUCCCUGGCCCUCCACUCUGUGUUUGAGGGACUGGCGGUGGGGCUACAGCAAGACCGGGCUCGGGCGAUGGAGCUGUGCCUGGCUUUGCUGCUCCACAAGGGCAUCCUGGCUGUCAGCCUGUCCCUGCGGCUGCUGCAGAGCCACCUUAGGGCACAGGUGGUGGCUGGCUGUGGGAUCCUCUUCUCAUGCAUGACACCUCUAGGCAUCGGGCUGGGUGCAGCUCUGGCUGAGUCGGCGGGACCUCUGCACCAGCUGGCUCAGUCUGUGCUAGAGGGCAUGGCAGCUGGCACCUUUCUCUAUAUCACCUUUCUGGAAAUCCUGCCCCAGGAGCUGGCCAGUUCUGAACAAAGGAUCCUCAAGGUCAUCCUGCUCCUAGCAGGCUUUGCCCUACUCACUGGCCUGCUCUUCAUCCAAAUCUAGGGUGCUUCAAGAGAGGGGCAGGGGAGAUUGAUGAUCAGGUGCCCCUGUUCUCCCUUCCCUCCCCCAGUUGUGGGGAAUAGGAAGGAAUGGGGAAGGGAAGUACUGAGGACCAAAAAAUUCUCUGGGAGCUAAAGAUAGAGCUUUUGGGGCUAUCUGACUAAUGAGAGGGAAGUGGGCAGACGAGAGGCUGGCCCCAGUCCCAAGAAACAAGAGAUAGUCAAGUCGCUAGAGACAUGAUCAGGGGACAUUAGGAUUGGGGAAGACACUUGACUGCUAGAAGCAGAAGUUGGACACUAUACAUAAGGACAGGCUCACAUGGGAGGCUGGAGGUGGGCACCCAGCUGCUGUGGGACAGCUAUGUAGAGGUCAUAAACCUAGAGUCAGUGUCCUGUUGGUCCUAGCCCAUUUCAGCACCCUGCCACUUGGAGUGGACCCCUCCUACUUUU